GUGGGCGGCACAAAGGCUGAAGAGUAUCUGAGGGGUGUGAGCUAAGAGACCUGCACUGGAGUGUGUGUGAGAUGAAGCUGGAACCAGAGCCACAGGACCUCAGUCACCACUAGGAGUUUGGUCCUUACCCAAAACUCAAAAAUUUUAAGCAGGAGUGUGAAUCAAGAUCAGAUUUGCAAUUUAAAAAGGUCCCCCUGCAGGGGGUGCCAGAGGUUAGGGUAGACCAGUUAGGCUAUUGCAUUUCCCCGCCCCACCCCCCACCCCGGUCAGAACUGUUGGGACUUGAAGGGUGGUGGAGAGAGAGGGAAAGAGGGGUCGGGUAAGAUUAUUUUUCACAAAGGAGGAAUGCUUUUAUCAAAUUUUGAGUUGAAUAAGUCUCAAAAAAUAGAUUGCCAUUGAUUCUGAUCCCACAUUUAAUACUGAAGUGUCACUAAAACCCACAAAUCUGUUUUUUUCCCCAAAGUAUAAUUGACGUAACACAUUAUGUUAGUAUCAGAUGUACAACAUAAUGAUUACCUAUUUACACCUCAAAAUGAUCACAAUAAGUCUAGUUACCAUCUGUCACCAUACAGAGUGACAAAAAACUUUUUUUCUUGUGAUGAGAACUUUUAAGAUUCUCUUGGCAACUUUCAAAUUUGAAAUACAAUAUUGACUAUAGUGACCACACUGUACAUUACAUCCCAUGAUGUAUUUAUUUCAUAACUGGAAGUUUGUACCUCUUGACUCCCUUCAUCCAUUUUGCGCCCUCCCCCCAACUGCCCUCCCCGAGAGAGGGGUAUUUUUGAAGACAUGUUUAAGUGGUAAGAUUGACAGGGCUUGAUGUUGGGUUGGAUGGUAGAGGGAAAAGGUAAAUUUCAAGGUUUCUGGUGGCAUAGCUGGAUGAAUGAUGAUACCAUUCCCUGAGCAAGGGCCCUGGAAGAUGAUCACUUUUAUGGAGGGGGGUGCAGGGGAAACGAGCAUGAAUUCAGUUGUAAAUGCUUUGAGUUUGAGGUGCAUUUGAGACAUCUAGUUGCUAUCGCGUAGGCAGUGGAAUAUUUGGGUCCUGAGUGUGGAGAAUUCUAAGGCAAAUGUAGAAAUGCUUGACUUGUGUACUUCCAGGUGUUUAUUGACAUGUCAGCAGACGAUUGCCUGGGAAAGGCGUAUAGAGUGAGGAAGGCUCCAAAGCCCAGCCAGAGGGAGAGGCCACAGUAGCAAAAGGGGCUGACCUCUAGUUACAGCAGAAAGAAAGAGGAUGGAUGCAGAUAUACUGAGGCAUGGGUUGGAAGUGGAGUCUCUCCCUGGACCUGACGACAACCAGCAUCAUGCAGUUACUAACUGCUCUUCCCUCACCUAUUGAUGCCUCCCAGGAAAAAACGCCGCCAAAUUUCCCAGAAACCCCAGCUGCUAUUCUACCAACAACCACUGGAGGGCCCCAAACACUGCUAUGAGUCUCCCCAGCUUCCUAUCACCCACACUAGACAGGUGCCCAGCAAGCCCGUUGACCACAGCACCAUCACUUCCUGGGUAUCACCUCAGUUUGAUACAACAGCAGAAAGCUGGUUCCCAGUCAACCGGAAACAUCAUCACCGAGACCAGGCAAGGCGUUCAAGUCGAAAAUCUACCAGCUCCAAGUUUCCACACCUAACAUUUGAGAGUCCACAGUCUUCUGCCAGCUCAGCCAGACCUGGGAUCCCCCUAAUCAGGGACUGCCCCAGUCAACCAGAAAAGGACAUUUCUGGAAGGCCCUUGGUUCCCAUGCUCAGCCCCCAAAGCUGCGGGGAGCUGUCAGCACAUGCACUUCAGAACUUCCCUUAUGUGUUCAUUCCACCGGAUAUCCAGAGCCCAGAGUCCUCAGGGCAGGGAGGGCCCAUUCCCUCGGAGCAGAGGGAAAACAGCCUUCCCAGCUGCUCCCUUCACACGAGCACGCCCAAGAGCCCAGAGCCCGGGCCUGUUCUGGUUAAAGACACUCCUGAGGACAAGUACGGGAUAAAGGUCACGUGGAGGAGGCGACGACAUCUGUUCACUUACCUCAGGGAGAGGGGGAAGCUGAGUAGAAGCCAGUUCCUUGUGAAAAACUGACUGGGUUUCUCGGACAUCCGUGGUCUCAAGAAAUUGAUUGCUGGAGUCAAAAGGGAAUUGAAUUCCCAGAUUUGCUUUUUAAAAUAUCUUGUGUCAUAAACAGUUUUUAGUGUCAUCAACAGUUCACUUCGUAUUUUCCUUGUAUUAGCUGUUUAAAAUUUUUAAAUAUCUUAUAACUGUUUAAAAAGUCUGUAAAUAAAUAAAUGGCUGCAGAAAGUUUUUAGAGAACCCUGCUUCUGUCACUAAUGCAGUAGUACUGCCCCCUCUACAAAUGGUCUUUCUUAAUUGUUCCCUUUAACCACUACUUAUUCAUCCUUUUAAACGCCUCAUUCCAACUAAUUCAUUCCACAUGUCUGAGUACCGACUCAGUGACCGCUUCCUCUGUGACCAGAUGCAUGGAAAAACUCGAAGCAAACUGUGACUUUUAAUAGUUGAGCUGCUGUCUCUGCAAUCUUGGCUCAUCUGCUGAGAUGGCUGGAUGAAGAAAGGGCAGCAAGCUUGUUUUAAUGAGUCAGUGGUACCAGGGGAGAUAAAGGGGACAUAGUUAAGUUACUUAGGGUUACUAUGUUUUCAUUUUUUGUUUCCAACUGUAGUAAUCUAUAAAUAUUAAAUAGGGUGGGAAAAUGAUUUCUUGUAACUGUUUAAAAUGUAUGUAAAUAAAUUUAUAAUCUUUCCAAA